AGUAUCGGCAGUAUCGGGGGCAAGUCGGGGCUGAGGGGGUGGCCAUGGCGGCGCAGUGCUCUGGUUUGGUGAGGCGGACUUUCCCGGCGAUCGCCCUCUCGCUCCGGACCUCUUCUAGGCUGCUCUGUACAGCAGCAAAACAGAAAAAUAAUGGCCAGAACUUAGAAGAUGACUCAAGUCAAAAUGAACAGAAGACAGACAGUACCGUUACAGAAAAGACACUAACUGAAGAGAAGGUCAAAUUAGAAGAACAGCUGAAAGAAACUUUGGAAAAGUACAAACGAGCCUUAGCAGAUACAGAGAAUUUACGGCGGCGGAACCAGAAAUUGGUAGAAGAGGCAAAAUUAUAUGGUAUUCAAGGUUUUUGUAAAGAUUUAUUGGAAGUUGCUGACAUUUUGGAAAAGGCAACAGCAAGUGUCCCAAAAGAGGAAAUAAAGGAAGAAAACCCUCAUUUGAAGAACUUAUAUGAGGGUCUUGUCAUGACUGAAGUCCAGAUUCAAAAAGUGUUCAAAAAGCAUGGUUUGCUCAAACUAGAUCCUGUUGGUACCAAAUUUGAUCCCUAUGAACAUGAAGCCUUGUUCCAUACUCCAGUAGAGGGGAAGGAGCCUGGCACCAUUGCACUGGUAACCAAAGUUGGGUAUAAGCUACAUGGGCGAACCUUGAGACCUGCUUUGGUGGGCGUUGUUAAAGAACCGUAACAGUCUAACUUUCUGAUUCUUCCCCACACUCAAAUGCCAUACAGCUAUUAAAUGGAUAUUUUUUCCUUCAAACACUUCACAUUUCCCCACUCUUCAUGGAAGGCCUAAAGUAACCAGUGGCUCAACAGAAAACUCACUCAGUCUUGAAAUUGCAUUAUUUAAUGAACUGAAUAAUUUGGAAAGUCUGCAAACUGAUUUUAGUAUUGCAUAUUUAAAGAACAGGCCUCUGAGGCACUCUUGUACUUGUAUAGUAUCUUGAAUAAUGUUUUAUCUGUUAAUAACCCUGGCUACUUAAAAGGUAUGUUCAGUGAAUAAAGUGUCUUCAGGAAUUCUACAGUGCGACUCUCCAGACAGAUUUAUGGGUUCGUUUGUUGUUUUUUUACUUCUUUUAUCAUCCUGGAAUUUUGGGGCGGAGUUUUGUACCAUGAAAAUGUUAUGAGAAAAGCUCCUUGAAAUUUAUAAAAAUGACUAGAUGAAACCAACAGAUUUCCUCUCUGCAACAAAUUUUAUACUAAUUUUUGAGAGAGAAAUGUGCUUCAGUUUCUUGUUUAUAUUGCUGUCUUGUUGCCAAAAAUUUUGGUGGGCUUCUAGCUUUUCCUUGGGAUACACUGGUAUGUAUACAGUGCUCUUUAUUCUGAACCAUUAUGUGAACUUCAAAAAGAAGCUAAAUAUUUAAGUAAUAUCUAAGUACUAUAUAUGAUCCAACUAUCACUAAUAAUUUUCCUAAGUUUUGGAUUUUAUUUCAGACCUUUAGAUGAUAAACCAUUUUUAGUAGUCCUUUUCAUUUUUACAGCUGUCAUUUUGCCAGUUAGGCAAUUUGAUUUGGUCCUCAAAAUCUGGAAAACUUUGCAGCCUUUUGGAGUGUUACAUUUAAAAGUAGAAGUAUGUUGAAAUCAGUGUCUGAAAUAAUCUCAACAAAUGUAUUUAACUUUACAUUCCUUAGUAAGCUCUACUUUCCCAGAGUUUAGGAACCAAGUACUGGGUGUGCUUUUUAAAACAUUGUUUGAAUUUAUUAUUUAAAAGGAUUAAAGCCCUAAUUUGUGCUAA